AUCGCGAAAAACUAGCCCCUAUGCGGAAUCCUACCACUCCUUUCAACAAAAAUGAUCACUUCCUCCCUCACACAUACAAACUAUCCAGAUAUUGCAGAUAUUCCACAUAACCACCCACGCAAAUCCAAAACAUCCCCAUCAACCCAACCACAAAAAUGUCAAAUAGUCCCAACAGUCCCACCGUCCGACCACAAGAAGACCACGAAGGACUCCAAGUCGUGCCCGACGAUGGUCUGCAAACGCCUGAACCAGAAGAAUCACCCAUGGACAGAGAUGUGAAAUUCCAACCGUAUUCGGCGGCGGCUGCUUACGGCGGCACAUUGAACGUCAGUGAACCCGGUUUUGAUGUUCCUCCAGGCCCGGAAUCACCUCCUCCGGCUUUUCAUCUUAUAAAUGAAUAUAAAAUAAGUAACAACAAUACCCUACCUAUUGAAGAUUCACCUCCCUCCGGAAACAGCCUCAAAAAAAAACGUAUAUGUGGAUUGAGGAAAAGAAUUUUUUGGUUAUUGAUACUACUGUUAUUUCUCGCUAUCGUUGGAUUAGCAGUAGGACUAGGCAUCGGACUCAGUGGGUCUAAAUCAACAUCUUCAGAGCCCCCAACCCCAAUUUCCAGCUUCUCAACCUCCUCCUCAACACCAGGAACAAAAACCUCCUCCGCCACCCCCUCAACCACCUCACCCAUUGGCCAAACCUGCGUCAACGGCACCGGCCCAGGAAACUACCUCGGCCUCUGCAACUUCUCCUGCAACUUCGGCUACUGUCCCUCUCCGUGCACAUGUCUCCAAUUCUCCAGCACCGCCAUCCCGGCACCCCCUAUCACUAAUACACCAGGCUUCCCUCUUCCGGGGGAAAACCCUGAUUAUACCGGUCUAUGUAGUUUUACGUGUAAUCAUGGGUAUUGUCCUGAGGGGGCUUGUACUACGGAUUCUGAUGCUGCUGGUGCGGGAAAUUCAUCGAUGACUACGGCUGCGGCUGUUUCGACGCCUAGUUCGGUUUCUUCGUCUUUGUUGGGUUCGAGUGCAGAGCCGUUGACUCUGACGCCGCCGACUAGUACGGUGGUUGUUACGUUGGUGGGGUCGCAGACUAGUACUGUUGUUGUGGGGCCGAGUACGACGACGGGUUAGGUUGGUGGAUCGGGUUUGGAUGUAUGGAUUGGGAUAUGAUGUUUAUAUUGAUUCUGGGUUAGAUACAUAUGGGGAUGCAUAUGCUGGAUAUCAGAUCAAGAAAUAUAGAAGGGAAGAAAAAGUUGACAUCUUAUAUGUAGAGAUGUGUGUAUUAUAUUUUUUAUUGUAGGUGUAAGGUUAUAUAUUGAUGGGUUCUCGAAAAAGGGGGCA